ACCCAACGUUCAGGAGCAUGCAUUCUGUUGCACUUGAGCUCUCGCCCUACACACACACACACACCCCCACACACACACUCACUCACUCCUGCUCUCACGAUGAGCAACUAUGCUGCAAAUGAGGGGGUCUCCGUUGUUGUCAUUCUGGUUUGGCUGGGGAUCAAUGUUUUCCUCUUUGUACGGUUCUAUCUGGCUUUCCUCACUGAUCAAUAUUUCUACACUCGGGUUCUACUUGGGGAUGCCUUGUCGUGGGCCAGAGCUCCAGCUGCCUGCCUCAACUUUAACUGCAUGUUGAUCCUGCUGCCUGUGUGCCGCAACUUACUGUCCUUUCUGCGUGGCUCCAUUCAGAUGUGUAGCCGCACUGCAGCUCGCCAGCUCGAUAGGAACAUCACCUUCCACAAGCUGGUCGCCUACAUGAUCGCCUUUCACACAGCGGUCCACAUCAUUGCCCACUUGUUUAACUUUGAGCGGUUCAUGGACGCCCAGCUGUUAGGGAACAGCAGCCAGCUCCCUUACGUGCUCUCACAGAUUGGCAAUGGGGACAACCACUCCUACAUCAACCCUAUUCGCAGCAAUGGAACUAAUCCAACCUAUGUGAUGUUCACCACCAUUGCUGGCCUGACGGGAGUGGUCAUCACCUUAGCCCUCAUCCUGAUCAUCACCUCUUCCAUGGAGGUCAUCCGGAGGUCAUACUUUGAGGUGUUCUGGUUCACCCAUCACCUCUUUGUGGUGUUCUUCAUCGGUCUAGUUCUGCAUGGAGUAGGACGCAUUGUACGUGGCCAACCCUUAGCUGAUCUGGACAAGCAUGACCCCAUCAAAUGUGCUAAACUCUUUGAAAAAUGGGGACGAAAUCUAUCCUGCCCCGAGCCUCAGUUUGCUGGAAAUCCCCCAGGGACAUGGAAAUGGGUGGUGGGGCCUAUGUUUCUCUACCUGUGUGAAAGGAUUGUACGAUUCUGCCGCUCACAACAGAAGGUGGUCAUCACAAAGGUGGUCAUGCACCCAUCCAAAACGCUGGAGCUGCAGAUGAGGCAGAAGGGCUUCAAGAUGGAGGUGGGCCAGUAUGUCUUCCUCCAGUGUCCAUCUGUCUCGCAGCUGGAGUGGCACCCCUUCACCCUCACGUCGGCCCCGGAGGAGGACCACUUCAGCGCCCACGUCCGCAUUGUGGGUGACUGGACUGAGGGCCUGCUCAAAGCCUGUGGAGGGGACAAGAACGAAUUCCAGGAGGCCUGGAAAAUGCCCAAGAUUGCAGUGGAUGGACCAUUUGGGACUGCGAGUGAAGAUGUUUUCCAGUAUGAGGUGGUUAUGCUCGUGGGUGCUGGGAUCGGAGUCACCCCUUUUGCGUCCAUCCUGAAAUCUGUGUGGUACAAACAUGUCCAAAACAACACUAACGUCUUCACAAAGAAGAUCUACUUCUACUGGCUGUGCCCAGAGACGCAGGCUUUUGAGUGGUUCGCUGACCUGCUGCAGAGCCUGGAGGGCCAGAUGGUGGAGAAGGGCAUGGGGGACUUCCUCAGCCUCAACAUCUACCUCACCAGGUGGCAGGAAUCAGAGGCCGCUUACUUCUGGGGUCAACACGAGGCUGAGAAUGAUCCCAUCACUGGCCUAAAGCAGAAGACCAAAUAUGGAAAACCCAUCUGGGUCGACGAGUUCCGUGCGAUUGGGGCAAAUCAUCCAGAAUCAAAAGUGGGUGUGUUCCUGUGCGGCCCACCGGCUCUGGCUAAGACCCUGGAGAAUCAAUGCAAGUCCAACUCUGAGUCUUCGGUCACGUUCAUCUUCAACAAGGAGAAUUUCUGAGAUCCUUUUCUUCCUUUGCUGCUUCAGACAUGUCAGUGCUGUGAAAGAUAUCGGCAAAAUAAGUCAGUGGUUGUCGAGGCUCUUGAAGCGCAUUGUGUUGCCUCUUGGUCUGAAGUUUGAUUGGAUUUGAUUUGAAGGCUUUUAACAGGUCAGGGAAAUAGAGCACGAGUCCGAGUAGCUAUACUGAAAAGAUAAAUACCUUGAAUUAUUGGACCUUUAAUGCUAAGGACAGCACACGGAAGUCCUACUUGCGUAAUAGUUGAUGUGUGCAUGAAAGCAUUCAAAGUGUUAUAAAUCAACAUCAGCCAGAUUUACUUGAAAGAUAAAGUGACAGACGCAAAGGCUUCACUGAGCUAAUUGUUACAGUUGAGUGUCAAAUGCAACACUGAUAAAAAUGUUAAGAGCUUGGAAUUAUUAAGCACUUUAUGAAUUGUGGGUUCAAGAUAUCGGUCUAUGAUGUUGGAGCUGUGAGCUUUGAACUGUAAUGUACUCAAUCACUGUCCACAAACAUUUCAAUUAUGUUUUCUGUUACAACUAUUCACAUGCAUUUAGUAACGUGUAAAUAACAUAGUAACUCAUUUUACACAAUGUCUUAUUAUUCCAAUGUCUCAAUCUGCUUGUGCAUACAUGUAUUCAUACGUAUCCGAACCCCACUUUUGGGCAUUUUCUAAAUAUUUUGCUUUACUAUUAAGGUGUAAAAAGGAAAUAAAUGAAUUUGCACAUGCAAAGAAAUUAAUGCAUAAAGGAAAUUCUCACGGCUGAUGCUUUUCUUUCACCAUUGUUGUGAAAUAUAAAAAACAGCCUCAUUACACAAACGUUGUGAAAUUCUCUCCACCACAGUAGCUACUGGCUACCUGUUUCAUUCCUUCUGCUUGUACUGGUGGAAAGUCCGCUCAAUUGGCUCAUAGCAUUGUUCCUCUUUUUUGAAUUUCACUUCUAUUCUUGUCCCGUCUUUACCCUGUGUGCACUGGUGAGUUUAGUGAAGUGUGGCAUACCAACUGCAUAGAGUUCAAAACAAGCACAGCAAGGAUAAUGACUGAUGUUACAAUUCUGUUUUGAUUAAAUGGUUUCAUUGUUGUUAUAAUUUGUGAAAUAAGUGGUCCAUCUCUAUUUUAGCUUUGCUUUUGGGAUCAGGAUGAACAGGAUAUUUGCAGUUAAACAAUAAAAUUACUCUUGGACAAUAAAAAUAA